AUGUCAGUUAGGGAAAGGCUGUCUAGGAAUGAUCGCAUCGGAACAAUAGCGGCCUGCGGCAUGGCGGCAUAUCGCCCAAGGUACGACCAACAGCACAACAGCAGCGGUACGACCUCUAGACCCAUAAAUAUACAUGAGCUGAAGACCGUUUCCGAUCGCUGGAUUGCCAACGGGUACGGACAACAUCAGGCGAGCGAUGAGCUCCGGGGCCUCGUUUAG